AUGGCGAAAGGCCGCAAAGCCCAGCCGGCGAUGCCGCCCCCUCCCGCGCCCGCCCAAACCCACACAGAGUCCAACAAGAAGAAUCGCAAAAAGAAGAGACGCGCCGCCGCGGCGCCUGCACCACCCCCACCUCCGCCACCGCCCAUCGAAGAGAAAGAGUUCGAGUACAUCUCGUCCUCCUCAGAGGUCGAGCUCGAAGAACAAGAAGAAGAACUCCUCGAAGACGAAGACGAAGAAAUAGACAUAGCCGACGACGGCGACGAAGAAGAAGAAGAGCUCUACGACUCCUCCCUCGACCUCCCCUCCGCCGACCCCGCGCGCGCCGAGCUCCUGCGCGCCGCCGCGGCCGCCUUCACCGCUCUGGACGGGCAGCCCGCGGGCAAGCCGGGCGGCGACGCGGCGUACUGGGCGAGCCUGCCGCCGCACGUGAGCGCGUUCGUCGAGGGCGCGUACGGCGGCACCGGCACGGCGCACAACGCGCACGGGAACCUGAAGGAGCGCGCGAUGGGCGCGCGCACCGGGCCCGCGCGGGCGCAUCUCCCUCUGACGCCCUCCGAGCUCGAGACCGGCCUCCUCAGCGCGUCCGCGGCCUGGGAGCGCGUCUCGCGUGGCGCCGCGCCCGCAAGCGUAAGCGCGGGAAACCCGGGCCGGGCCGCGCGUGGCGUUCUCGCGAAAGUAUCGCGCGCGUCGUCCGGCGCUCUCGACGGAUCCCCGACCACAGCGAUGGCGCACGACCUGCCGCCCGUCCCGCCGAGCUCCCGCGCGCAGGGCAAGCUCCCCAUGAAGAGCAAUGCCGCCGCCGCAGCCGCCGCAUCGCCGCCCGCCGCGAAUAAUAAUACGCCGAAUAACACAAAUAACGCAAAUAACACAAAUAGCAGUCCUACGAGUAACGCUGCGAACAGCCAUCAGCGCUCGGCGCGCGCGCAGAGCAAGGCGCCGCUGCCCGCGCACGCCUACCCCGCGUCCGCCACCGCCGCAGCCAAACAGCGUGCGACAACGACAACGACGGCAACCCCCGCGCCGGCCACCAACGCUGCGGCGGCGAACGGGGCCGGUGCGCCGAACGCGAAGAUCUGGAGCACGAGCUCGAGCGAGGAGCGCGAGCGGAUCAAGGAGUUCUGGCUCGGCCUCGGCGAGGCGGAGCGGCGCGGGCUCGUGCGCGUCGAGAAGGAGGCCGUGCUCAAGAAGAUGAAGGAGCAGCAGAAGCACUCGUGCGCCUGCGCCGUCUGCGGCCGCAAACGCAGCAGCGCGAUCGAGGAGGAGCUCGAGGUCCUGUACGACGCCUACUACGACGAGCUCGAGCAGUACGCGCACUACCAGCAGCGCUACCACGCCUCGGGCGGCACGCUGCCCCCUCCCCCCGGGCCCGGCCCGUUCCCCGGCUCCGUCGAGCUCGACAAGAACGGCGCGGUCGUCGGCCCCGCGCCGCCGCCGCGCCGCCCGCGCCCGCCCGCGAAAACGAAUCGGCGCGCGGAGGCCGAGUACGGGUUGCAGCCGGGCGAGGGCGAGGAGGGCGAGGAGGAGGACGAGUAUGAGGACGAGGAGGAGUACGAGGACGAGGAGGAGGAGGAGCAAGAGGAGGACGAGGACGAUCAGGAGGAUGUCGACGACCCGGCGCAGACGCAGGCGGCCCCGCCCUCGGCGCGCGCGCGCGGGACGUUCAAUUUCGGCUCGUCGCUCGCCGUCACCGGAAAUAUUUUAACUGUUGCCGACGACUUGCUGAAGAACGACGGGCAGAAGUUUUUGGAGAUGAUGGAGCAGCUCGCCGAGCGCCGGAUGCAGCGCGAGGAGGACGCGCCGGCGGACGUCGAGGACGAGAGCGAUGAGGAGGAGGACGACGAGGACGAUGAGGACGUCGAUGACGAGGACGACGAGGACGAUGAAGACGACGAAGACGAGGAGGAGGACGAGGUGCUGACGGAGGAGCAAAAGAUGGAAGAAGGCAAGCGGAUGUUCUCGAUCUUCGCCGCGCGCAUGUUCGAGCAGCGCGUGCUCCAAGCCUACCGCGAGCGCGUCGCGCAAGAGCGCCAGCUGCAGCUCCUGCGCGAGCUCGAGGACGAGGACGCGGCCGCGCGCGACGCGCAGGCGCGCAAGGCGAAGGACAACCAGAAGCGCAAGGAGAAGAAGCGGCAGCAGAAGGAGGCCAAGGAGGCGGAGAAGGCGCGCAAGGAGGCCGAGAAGGCCGAGGCGGAGGAGCGGGCGCGGGCGCAGGCCGAGGAGCAGCGCAAGAAGCGCGACGAGGAGCGUGAGAAGAAGCGCAGGGCGGCGGAGGAGGAGCGUUUAAAGCGCGAGGAGGACAAGCGGCGCAAGGCCGCGGAGGAGCGCGAGCGCGAGAAGGUCCGGCGCGAGAAGGAGGAGCGGGCGCGGGCGGAGAAGAAAGAAAGGGAGGAGAAGGAGCGCAGGGAGAAGGAGGCCAGGCGCGAGGCAGAGCGCGCGGCCGAGCGCGAGCGCAAGGAGAGGCGGGAGAAGGAGGAGCGGGAGCGCGUCGAGCGCGAGCGGGCCGAGAAGGAAAAGGCGGACAGGGAGCGUGCUGAGCGCGAAAAGGCCGAGCGCGAGAAGCAGCUGCUGCUGGCGAGGAACAAGAAGCUGCAGGUCAACCAGCGCAACGGCCAGCAGAUUCAGCCACAGCCAAAGAAGAUCCUGCCAAAGCCUCAGCCCGCCGCCGCCGCCUCUUCGUCGUCGUCUGGUCCUUCCCAGACCCAACAGGCUCGACAGCAGGUCCCGCCUCAGCAGGCGCAGCCCAUCGCGUCUGCAUCGUCCUCCGCAUCCGGCUCGCAACAACAGCCCCAGCAGCUCCAGCUCCAGCAACCUCAACCUCAACAACAGCAACAGCCCCCCCAACCUCCUUCGGGCGGCCCUAGCACGCCCGUCCGCCCCACGCCCGCACCAAGCCAACAACAAAACGCGACCGCGCUGCCCCUCCCGCCCAUGACGCCGCUGCACCUCCCGCCGCUGUACAGCCCCUCGCACGCGCACGGCGUCUCGCCGCCCGGCUUCCACCACGCCGGCCCGCAACACGGACACGGACCAGGACACAUGCGCCACGGGUUCCCGCCGGGCCCGCCGCCGCCGGGGUUCUUCGGCCCGCCGCCGCCGAUGGGCGUGAACGGCAUGCCGCCGCCGCCGCCGGGGAUCAAUGGCAUGCCGCCGCCGCCGUUUGGGGUCGGCGUUGGUGCUGGUAUAGGUGGUGUGAGGCCGCCGGGUCCGGGCUUUGGGUUUGCGCCUGGGCAGCCGCCGUUUGCGGGGCAGGGGAUGCCGUUCCAGCAGCAGCAGCAGCAGCAGCAGCAGCCUAAAGCGAGCGGCUCCGGGUCGAAUGCCAAUGCGAAUGCGAAUGCGAAUGCGAGUGCGAAUGGCAUGCCAGCCGCCCCGCUCGGAAACGGCAUACACGCGCCGAACACGUCCAACGGGCUCCUCCCCUCCAGCCUGCCCAACGGCCUGCUCUCCGCCACGUCCUCGCGCCCCGAUUCACUUCUACCCACCGCGUCCUCCAGCUCGAACGUGAACGGGUUCGGCCCGGUGCCGACAUCGCCCCCUCCGGCCCCCAUAGGCGCACACCGCCGCGCAUCCGUAAACGACGCGCACACGCCCGCGCCCAUCGGCGCCGGGCGGCACGACGUCGGUCCGGGUCCCAUCGGCGCAGGACGUGUCGGAGCUGCUCACGACGUGGGCCCUAUCGGCGGCGGGCGGCCCGCGCCUAUCGGUCGGCCCGCCGCGAGGAGCAACGCGGGCUUCGGUGUGGGCGUCGGUGUUGGAGUUGGCGCGCCGGGGACGAGUCUGCCGGCGAGCAGCCCGUUCGGGCCGCCUGGGAGCCCGUUCGGGGGCAGCUUGAGCUUUGGCGGGCCGGGGAGCUUCGGCGCUUCGGGCUCUGGGUUCGGGAGCGGCGAGGUGUUCAACGGCGCGAACAAAGCCGAGCUGCACAGCCCGUUCAAAGCCUCCGACUCGCCCUUCAAAUCCACCUCCACCGCGUCCGACAUCAACGCCAACGCCAGCCCGUUCAAAACGGCCCCCGGCUCCGACAGCCCCUUCAAAAACCGGAGCGGGACGGCGAGCACGAGCGUGUCGGCCACGAGCCGGAGCCCGAGCCCGCGCGGCGUCGUGCUGGGCAGCAGCGCGCUCGCCGCGGACGACGACGAGAUUGUGGGGCCUGCGCCGGGGCAGGUUGGGAGGAAGGGGAGCGGGUGGAGGCCGAGUGCGGCGGCGUCGGGGUGGGGGUGGAGUGCCG